CACAUAAAUCACUCUUGUCCCUCUUCACAAAAUCCAACACACUCUCCCUUUCCAUUUCCAUUCUCUCUCUCUCCUCACACUCCCCCUUUCUCUCUCUCUCUCUAAAACACCACCUCUUUACUUUUCAAGAAACUUGAAUUCUCAUUUCCCAGUUGCUUGCUAUAAAUAAUCACAGGCCCCCCAUUUCCACACACACCCAUCUGACCAUCUGUACUGUUUACAAACAGUAGAGAGAGAAAGUGUAGAGAGAGAAAGUGUGUGUUUUGUGGAAUGUAACAUGAUAUAUUGUGUAAAGUUCAAAAACCCAUUAUUAUUUUUAGUUUUUGUAAAUGGGUAUAGCGAAAUCUUGGAGAUACAGUGGAAAAGUUUUGAUCUUUGCUAAUAAUCAUCAUCAUAACCACAAGAUUAGUAAAAAAGACAAGAUUUUGAAGGGUCAGCAUCAUCAUUGUGUGAUAUGGCCGCCGGAGACGGCGGUGGUCGGUGGUGGUGGACAGCGGCGGCGGAUCUCGUGGACGGUGGUUUGUGGGGUGUUGUUGUUUGUUCUUGGGUUGGUGUCUUUUUUUACUGGUCAUGUUGCUUCUGAUCUUGAGUGGUGUUCUCAUAGACUUGUUAAAAGGCGGCUGUGGAAGAAGAAAGUGGGCCGAUUUAGUGCUGUACGAGUUGACAUAUGGAAAUCCGACUUCUCGAAAUUCUACUAUGGAUGCAGCGAGAGAAGCCCUUAUUAUGCACCUCCUACACAUCAACGGCUUUCGAACGGUUAUCUACUAAUUGCCGCAAGUGGUGGGUUGAACCAACAAAGAACAGGGAUUACCGAUGCUGUAGUCGUUGCACGUAUUCUAAACGCUACUUUAGUCAUUCCCGAGUUGGAUCAUCACUCAUAUUGGAAAGACAACAGCGAUUUUGCCAACAUAUUUGAUGUCGAUUGGUUCAUAUCUUUUCUCGCAAAGGAUGUGCCUGUUGUCAAAAGAGUCCCGGACAAAUUUAUGAGAUCACUUGAAAAACCACCGUACACAAUGCGGGUCCCAAGGAAAUCGGAACCCCAAUUUUACCUUGAUGAAGUACUGCCAAUACUCGUGAAGAGACGAGUUCUUCAGUUAACAAAGUUUGAUUAUAGGCUUGCUAAUGACCUUGAUGAAGAGCUACAACGGCUGCGUUGUCGGGUCAAUUAUCACGCUUUACGAUUUACUAAACCAAUACAAAAUCUUGGACAGAAAAUCGUUAUGGAAAUGAGGAAGAUGGCUCCUCGCUUCAUUGCUAUUCACUUGAGGUUUGAGCCCGAUAUGCUUGCAUUUUCGGGUUGUUACUAUGGUGGUGGUGAUAAGGAAAGAAGCGAGCUCGGUGAAAUCAGGAAAAGAUGGGCAACAUUACCCGAAACAAGUCCUGAUGGAGAGCGGAAACGAGGAAAAUGUCCUCUUACGCCUCAUGAAGUAGGCUUAAUGCUCCGGGCGCUUGGUUUUGAAAAUAACACGUAUCUUUAUGUUGCAUCGGGUGAAAUAUAUGGCGGGGACGAAACUUUAAAGCCUCUAAGGGAACUGUUUCCAAAUUUUUACACAAAGGAAACGCUUGCCAGUGAGGCUCUUGAACCGUUUCUUCCGUAUUCUUCGCGGCUUGCUGCCAUUGACUAUAUUGUUUGUGAUGAAAGCGAUGUUUUCGUCACCAACAAUAAUGGGAACAUGGCGAAAAUUCUUGCGGGUCGAAGGAGGUACAUGGGGCAUAAGAGAACCAUUCGUCCAAAUGCGAAAAAGCUAAAUGCAUUGUUUCUCAAACGCGAUAAGAUACCAUGGGAAUCGUUUGCUAAAAAGGUUAAAGCCGCCCAACAAGGAUUCUUAGGCGAACCGGACGAGAUGAAAACCGGGCGCGGUGAAUUCCACGAGUACCCUUCAACUUGCAUUUGCAAAAAGCCCUUCAAGUUUUCCGAUCUCGACAUCAACUACAACAAAAGCCAAAACCUCACAAAACUGCCCUUUAACCCCGAAGCAGAAACCGAAUACGGACGCAACGAAGAGGAUCAAGGUGUGCAUAAUGUGCAAAGCUUAGUCACAAUGGAGAAAAAGGGUGGUGUUGACUUUUUGGUUGACUAAUGGCAACAAGAAAGUUGAGGGUGGUUUUAGGUAUGAGGGUUUUUUUUUUUUUUUUUGUUAAUUUAUAUCUUGAGCUAAAGUUGGCUCUCUGGUGUAUUUAUACUUUUUUUAUAAUGUCCAUUUUACCCUUGGGGUGUCAUUAGGGUGUGAAAAGAAUUGUGUAUAGGAAGGUGUUUUGACUUCUUGAAGAGUGUUAUUCUUCAAGUGUUGUAAUAUUUUUGUAAGGUAGGAGUAGCAUAUUUGGUGUUUGGCAGUUGGUUUGAAGUAUGUGAGCUGCUUUAACAUGAUAUUGGGUUGAUGGGUAUAACCACCCAUAACUAUUAAACCAAUGAAUUCAAACUUAGAUAAAGUCUGUAAUGUUGAAACAAAACCGUAUCUAGUUUCUUUUUCUU